AUGAGCUUGGAGCUCGAGGACGGCAGACGAUGCAAGGCAAAGAAGAAGAAAUACGACUUGCCUCCAAGAUACGUUGCUAGGAUCCAGAUAUCCGCAGAUCCUUUGCUCGUCGAUAACGAUUCUCAGCGAUUCCCAGCAAACACAGUUGUUGCCAAAUUACGUGGCAGUAGUCAGAGCGGCGGAACGCCUAAACCCUUAGACGCCAAUACUCGAGAUCCAGUAGAUCUAGCUUACACAGGAGCAGAUGUGUGGGGAGAUCUGCCUUCCAAUUCGCCACGACGCCAGAAGUCAGCAUCUCCAGAACUGCCUACUGCACCUCUCUCCGAACAAGUCAAGGAACCAACUCCAAUAUUAUCUCCUACAUUACCAAAACAUAAUUUAUCGACGGACGACACAAAUGUAUUGGAAUCAACCCCCACACUUAAAACAGCAUCAACAUUAGGAACAUCGCAGUUACUCGCUCCUAUCAAUGGCAAACAACAGGUCGAACCAUCUUCAGAUUUAGCUCGUGUCGCUGCAUAUACCGAUGCAAGUACCUCCUCAUCACGACCGCAUAGCAGUAUCACAGUGGAUCGCAAAUCAUUGGCAUACAGUGUUGUCUCUGAUUCAUCUACUAGGCCAAUACCACCUAGUGAAGCCGGUGACGCUGCAGAAACGGAUGAUGAUGCUGCCUCUUCGUCGUCAUCUGUAAAUGCCAUACCCACUGAACCAAGUAAAACACCUGCCACCCGACGAGAAUCAUCAGCUUCUAGCUCUCUUGGUGUUACUCCUGCUGGUCCGUUAGGACCAGACCGCAUUUCCUCUGAAUCGGAGGGAGGGAAUGGAUUGAUGGCAUCAGUCGAAAGUGUAUCUAAAAUAAGUGAAAGUCACAGGUAUAAUUAUGACAUUAGCGUGGGCGACCCGCAAAAGACUGAUUCGCCAUCAUUCCGAAAUAAAAAUGUCUCGGUGGUUAGACGGUAUAGAGACUUCCUGUGGUUGUACACUCAGCUCCUCACAAAGUAUCCUGGCAUCGUUGUUCCGCCUGUACCAGAAAAAGCCGCCUUGGGUCGCUUUUCGGAUGAUUUUGUUGAGAGUCGACGAGGUGCACUAGAGCGCUUCUUACGUAGAACAGCAUCACAUCCUAUAUUGUCAAACGAAUCAGAUAUGAGGCUCUUUCUUGAAUCCGAGACUUUCAAUGUUGAUGUGAAUCAAAAGAAAAAAGAGGAAACUGCUAAAGUUGGUGGUUUGUUUGGAAGGUUGGGUCAGUCCUUGACUGUUGCUACUCCGUCGUUUAGCAAGGUUGUUGAAGUCGACCAGUGGUUUGAUACGAAAAAGACUCAGAUUGACUUGUUGGACGGACAACUCAAAGCAUUGUUGAAGGCUUUAGAAGGUCUGGUGAAGCAAAGGAGAGAACUUGCUCUUGGUUUGGCUGAAUUUGGUGAAUCCAUGCUCGCUUUGGCUCAGAUCGAGGUCAACAAACCACUGGCAUUCCAUCUGACGACAUUGGGUGAUAUACAUAAGAGGUUACGAGAGGUUCAUGAACGACAGGCAAAGCUUGAUAUGCAGUCACUUGUUGCUACUACGGAUGAAUACAUACGGAUUAUCGCAUCCAUGAAGAAAGCCUUUGAAGCACGAGUCAAAUCAUAUCAAGUCUGGCAACAGUUAGACGCGAAUCUAACAAAGAAGUUGGAGGCACUAGAGAAAAUGAAGACAGCUAAAGGAAGACAAGACAAGAGGACACAACUUGGAACAGAAAUAGAUGAGGCCGAGAAGGGUGUUGAUCAGGCUAAAAGAGACUUUGAAGAAAUUUCCAAGUUAUUACGAUCGGAAUUGGCACGAUUUGAUGUUGAAAAAGUUGCUGACUUUACGGAUUGUAUGCGACAAUUCCUAAAAGACUUUACUGAUACACAAGAUGAGAUCAUUUCCCUCUGGGAGAGCUAUUUUUCUAGGAUUAGUCAAUACGUUGGGUCUCCAAUUAGUCAACAACCUCCAACUCAGAUACCAACACCAGGAGCGGCAACACCUCCAAUGGUUGCCGACAAAGAACUGCCACAAGCACCACCAAAGCAGCAGGCACCGUUCGAUCCGCUAUCGUGA